CUCGUAUAAAUAGCUGUGAAAAUGGAAGGCGGCAAACAAUGGCGAGAAGGAGAUUUUUGGUAUUGCUAAAACCUCUGGAUGUAAUCUGCCCAUCUCAGCACUCUAAUGGCUCCCUCUCCUCUCGUCUCAAGAACCCUAAGAUAUUAAAGCAUCUGGAUAAUAGGCUCCAAGCUCACAGAGAUGCAAUAGGUUUCUGUCAAAGUGUGCUGAAGAAGAAGUCAAUCGAUUGCAUAUCUAUCUCCCGUCACGAGUUAUCAAAGCCGGUUCACGAUGUAGAUCUUGUUGUUACCGUGGGAGGCGAUGGUACGCUAUUACAGGCCAGCCAUUUUAUGGAUGAUACGAUUCCCGUUCUUGGAGUGAAUUCGGAUCCAACUCAACCAAGAGAGGUAGAAGAAUCAAAUGAAGAUUUUGAUGCUACAAGGAGCACUGGCUAUCUGUGUGCUGCCACUGCUGAUAACUUUGAACAGGUGUUGGAUGAUAUUCUUGAGAAUCGGACUAAGCCUGCAGAAGUGUCAAGGAUGCUAGUUUCUCUCAACUCACAACAUCUGCCUACUUAUGCUCUUAAUGACAUUUUGGUUGCCCAUCCUUCUCCGGCUACGGUGUCAAGGCUCUCAUUCAGGAUAGAGAAAGACGGCGAACCAAGUUCCCCUUUGGUCAAUUGCAGAUCAAGUGGUUUGAGAGUGUCAACCUCUGCCGGAUCAACGGCAGCAAUGCUAUCUGCAGGUGGGUGUGCAAUGCCUAUUCUGUCAAAGGAACUCCAAUACAUUGUGAGGGAGCCCAUUUCCCAUGGGCCAAACAAAGGACUCACGCACGGGUUUGUGAAGCACGGCGAGUCGAUGGAGGUUCAGUGGCACUGUAAAGAUGGGAUGGUAGCCGUCGAUGGGUCCCACGUUGUUUAUCAUCUCCGACAAGGGGACAUACUUUCGCUGUCUUCCGCCGCUCCGGUCUUGAAACUCUUCUUGCCUUCCCAUUUGUUGUCAUGAGGUGUGGAUACACGUAUAUGGUAAAGAAACAACAUUAAUCUUGUAUAGUUUUGUACUUUUGUCUGGGCUUGUUAAACUGAGAGAUUGGAAUUUGAUUUUUAAAACCAAAACUGGUUUAUAAAUUGAAAUCUUUGCACUAAAUAACACUAAAACUUAAGUUAUUCCCCUAAAUAACAUUUAAACUGUUUU